AUUAUCGACUCGACCAGUGUUUCCACCUCGACUGCCAUCACCUUGCUGGAUUGGACCGUCUCGCAGGCGACCCAGCUGACCAACGUGGUCUUCAACAUGCCCGACAACUCGAACCACGUGGGUGUGACGAGUCAGUAUGAUUCGAACAGUAACAUCAUUCUGGUGCGUCCCACCACCGAUCUAACCCUAAUGCCCCAAGGCUGACCAUCCCCUGCGCAGAAUGACCUGACCUUCUACGGCGGUGCCAUCGCCAUGGAGCUGAGCGGCCAGCAGUGGAUCCUCAAGGGCAUCAACAUCAACGGCGCCAACGUCGGUAUCAAGGCCGGGGCCUUCGAGCUCGUCUGCCAGGACUGUACGCUCCAGAACGGCGCCACCGGUAUCGACGCCAGCAGCAUCUCCGGCUCCCUGACGGUGAUCGACUCCACGGCCAACUACCUGGGCAACAUGAUCAUCUCCUCCAACGCCGGCGGCAGCGCCCAGAACUCCAUCAUCCUCGACAACGUCGCCUGCACCAACAGCGGCAGCACCGUCUCGCUCAACGGCAACGCCGUCCUGACCGGCUCCGUCACCAACACCUGGGUCCACGGCAACCUGUACUCCGGCGGUGCAACCACCCCGGCCUACGAGCAGGGGCUGAGCGUGACCACGGCGCGCGCCGACGUCCUCCUCGACUCCAACGGCAAAUACUUCACCAUGGCCCCGCCCACCUACUCCCAGUACUCGGCCAGCCAGUUCAUCAACAUCAAGAGCGUCUCCGGACUCCCCGUGUACGGCGACGGCGCAACGGACGACACCGCCAACAUCAACGCCAUCCUGGCCCAGUACGCCGGCUGCAAGAUCAUCUACUUCCCCGCCGGGACCUACAUCGUCACCGACACCAUCCUGAUCCCCUCGGGCUCCAUCAUCAUCGGCGACGCCUACGCCUCCGCCAUCAGCGCCACCGGCGGCAACUUCUACAACCCCGAUGCCCCCACGACCAUGGUCCAGAUCGGUAACUCCGGCGACGUGGGCACCGCCCAGAUUUCGGAUAUGCUCUUCACCGUCGCGGACGUGCUGCAGGGCUGCAAGCUGGUCGAGGUCAACAUCGCGGGCUCGACGCCGGGGGCCGUGGGCUUGUGGAACUCGCACUUCCGCAUCGGUGGCGCCGCCGGCAGCAAGGUCCAGACCAACUGCUACGGCAACCCGGACAUCUGCAAGGCCGCAUGGGGCCUGAUCCACCUGACGGCGACCUCCUCGGCCUACAUCGAGAACAUGUGGGGCUGGACGGCCGACCACAACCUGGAUGGCAACCUGGAAUCGACCACCGUCUCGACCGGCCGCGGCAUGCUCGUUGAGGCCACCAAGGGCACCUGGCUCGUCGGUACCGCCAUGGAGCACAACACCCUGUACCAGUACAACUUCGAGUACGCCUCCAACGUCCUCAGCAGCUUCCAGCAGAGCGAGACCCCCUACUGGCAGGGCUGGGGCGCCCCCAGCUCCGGCAUCGCCCCCGCCCCCUGGACCGACAACCUCAUCGCCAGCGACCCCACCUUCAGCGAAUGCGACGCCGAUGACGUCGGCUGCCGCAUGGCCUUCUUCGAGCGCAUCCGCGGAUCGAGCAAUCUGUUCCUGUACGGCGGCGGUGUCUGGGUCUUCUUCAACCACGGCGGCAGCUGCACGGGCGACUGCCAGGCGAAUGCGAUCCGCAUUCUGUCCAGCGAGGGCAGCGUCUAUCUGUACGGCACGAACGUCAAGGCCAUCACCAAUAUCGUGAAGGAGAACAAGGUCGACGCGGCGCUGGAGAGUGCUAACCAGGGUGGUUGGGGUGGUGUCGUGGCGGCCUAUCUUCACAGUGCGGAUGGCGCGACCUCCUCGGGUGGUAGCAGCAGCAGUGGUAGCAGCGGCAGCAGCGGCAGCAGUGGCAGCAGCAGCAGCAAUGGACCUGCGGUGACCGGCAAUGGGCUCAACUGGUAUAGUUCGUCGUUGACCGACGGCGCCACAGCCUACGAGGACCCCGAGUACUACUACUGCUUUGGCGGAGCCGCGGCCAACUUCCCCCCGUUCGCGAACUGGAUGGGCUUCACCGAGAUGUUCGACCUGAACCAGCAGACGUCGAUGGCCUUGGUCGAGGACGGGCCCAUCCAGGGCGAUAUCUGGAACGCGAUUGUGGAGGUCUCCGCCGAUGCCAAGGUCGAUCCGAGAUUGAUUCUGGCUGUUGUGAUGCAGGAGGUAUGUUGUCUCUCAGGGCUUCCAUUUGUAGCGUGAUUACUAACCGAGUUUCCUCACAAUUAGUCCAGCGGCAACGUCUACGUCGGCUGCACCAACAACGGGGUCGAGAACUGCGGCCUGAUGCAGGCCUACGCCGGCUCAACCUCCUUCGACGCCAG